AAUACUAAUGUGUUGUAUAUUUCAAUACAUUUAAUGUAUUGACAAACAAAUUACUCAUUCAUUCAUUCAUUCAUUUCAUUGAUAUUAUUAUAGCUGUCAUUACAUCCAAUCAAUAGUCGCGGCAAUCAAUCAGCGGUUACUGUUGUAGUGGUCAUCAAAUCCGUCGGUAACACCCAUACAUAGACACACACUUGCGAUAUAUAAUGGACAGCGAAGGACACAAGAUUGUUGUCUGCGAUAACGGAACCGGCUUUGUCAAAUGUGGUUACGCCGGCUCUUCCGGUUCAAACUUUCCGUUGCAUACGUUUCCGUCGAUUGUCGGCCGGCCGACCAUACGGGCCGCCACACGAAUCGAUGACAUCGAAGUCAAAGACCUAAUGGUCGGCGAAGAGGCAAAUAAGUUGCGAUCAAUGUUAGAGUUGGCGUAUCCAAUGGAAAAUGGUGUUGUCCGCAAUUGGGAGGACAUGUGCCACAUCUGGGACUAUACAUUCUACAAUCGGUUGGACAUCGAUCCGAAAGAGUGUAAAAUAUUGUUGACCGAACCGCCAAUGAAUCCGAUAAACAAUCGGAAAAAGAUGAUCGAAAUGAUGUUCGAAAAGUAUGGCUUUCAUUCCACUUAUAUCGCCAUUCAGGCGGUGCUCACCCUUUAUGCUCAGGGUUUAAUGACUGGCGUUGUUGUCGACAUUGGCGACGGAGUUACGCAUAUCUGUCCCGUCUAUGAGGGCUAUGCGUUGCCUCAUCUCACCCGACGACUUGAUAUUGCCGGCCGCGAAGUGACCCGCUAUCUGACAAAAUUGCUUCUCCUACGGGGCUAUGCAUUCAAUCAUACGGCCGACUUCGAGACAGUCCGUAUGCUUAAAGAAAAGUUAUGUUAUAUUGCCUACAACUGUGAACAGGAACAACGUUUGGCACAGGAAACCACUUUUCUAACUGAAACAUACACUCUACCGGACGGUCGGGUCAUAAAACUCGGUGGCGAACGCUUCGAAGCGCCCGAAUGUCUAUUCCAACCGCAUUUAGUUAACAUUGAAGGGCUGGGAAUAGCCGAACUACUAUUUUCGACCAUAAAUGGCGCCGAUUUGGACAUCAAAAGUGAUCUAUAUAAGCAUAUUGUAUUGAGCGGCGGAUCGACAAUGUAUCCGGGAUUACCAUCGAGACUGGAACGGGAGGUCAAACAACUGUAUUUAGAGCGUAUACUUAAAGGCGAUGUCGAAAAACUACAGAAAUUCAAGAUACGCAUAGAAGACCCGCCCCGACGAAAGGAUAUGGUAUUCAUUGGCGGUGCCGUAUUAGCCGACGUUAUGAAAGAUAAGCCACAGUUUUGGCUAACAAAACAACAAUACGAAGAAAUGGGUAUCGAUAGGCUAAUGCAGACCAAGUACGGCACCGGUAGCAACAAGUAUUUCGAUAACUCGCACUUAAUUAACUAACUAACUGGUGUUCCCAUCAAUUGAUAGAUUAAUUUUUUUUUAAUUUAUAAUAAUUUUAACUAUUAUUUUUUAAAAUAAAUCCAUUUAUAUAUAUAUAUAGAGAGAGAGAGAGAGAGAUUAAUAAUCAAUGUGUUG